AUGGCUACAUCCAUGAACCCCGUUGACCUUUACCACGAUCCGGCCCUCGAUUCCCUGAUCGCUCAAAACACCGCGCGCAGCAGAGAAAAUGGCUCAAGUCGUCGGUACAGUGGAGGCCCAGGCAGACGUCCACUUUCUCAGAACUUGGAAAACACAGUACAACCUCUCCCUGCGGCGCCCGAAGUGCCUCGCGGGCCACCCAUCUCCUAUCGAGGCUUUGGCCAAGGUGCGGAUCCCGGCCUGCAGCGAUCCUUCUCCCAGAGAGCCAAGGGCAGACCAUUCCACAGAGAAGCAUUUGCAGAUGUGGAGGAUGAAUACCCCGAGGAAACUGCCAAACCUAAACAGCGCGUAGUAUCUGAGCCAGUACGCCGGGAAGCUAUGCCCACUGUGUCUCGAAAGCCAGCGCCGCCUGAUGGUUUGCGACUGAAGACUGCAGAUCUCAAUGGCUCGAGCGCUACGGAAACACCAGGAAGAGACAUUCAGUCAGCCCGCGAACCGUCCGCAAAGGAGGCAAGGUCCAAUCAACAGCCUCGUCGGGCGUCUGACAAUUCCCGCCGUGUCGACGAGCCGGUAUCAGCUGUCAGCAGAUCGAGCGCAUUCCGAGAUGAGGCUCACAGAAGGGAUUGGGCCCCAGAUCGUUCCCCUCUACAAAAGCUGGAAGUCACUCUGAAUGAUAUUAGCAAGGAAGAAAAGCGCGCGAGGGUACAGGAGGCUGAGAUGCUACUGCGAGAGCGCGAGUCAAAACCGGCUCGAAAGGCUGUAGAAUCUCCUCAAGAAACUGCUCCGGUGUCCCUGCCCACUGCUUCUGCCAGCAGGUCUGCGCCGAAAAGGGAGCAAGCAACCGAUCAGGAAGUACCAACGCUAGAAGAUGCGGGUUUGGUUCGAAAUCUCAGCACCACUCAGCGGCAGCGGUUGCAACAUAGCACAACUGUGGACAAUCAUCGACCUGACGUACGAAGCCUCUCCGGGGAAGGCCACCCAGGUUUUGAGUACACCAUCUCCAGCCCACUGCAACCGGCUCAUGUCGGUCAGCGCCGUCAGCCAAGCAGCAAGUAUCGGCGAGUCAGUAAGCCUAGUCAAGAUGGUCCGCUCGACGCACCUCGCGCAGUGCCUGAGGAAGUUGCUACCAAGGCAGACAGAGUUCGAUCUGGGAAACAGCGUGAAGUCGCACCGAUGGGCGCCGAAGUCGAAGCUUUGGAUGGGCAAGCGCCGGCUCGCACCACCGAAGCCCAAGCACCCUCCAUUCCGGCUCGGGACGACUUUUUAGAGCGGCAGAGGAACGCGUCUCAUAAAGCAGCCUUGGAGAAACUCACUGGGAUGUCAGAUUCCGUCAAACUUGGGCGAGGAGGCUCAGCGAGACUCCAAAAAGCUCCGGCAAGGGAUGUGGAUGGAAGGAUCGCUUCGGCUAGCAGGGUGCCAAGCAGAAUACCCGUGCCGACCUCAGCAACAACAAUCCAAGCUCGCAGACAAGAACAAUACAACCAAGAUGCCGCCGGUUUGAGAAAUGAAGUGUUGCAGGUACAGCAGCGACCACAGACACCACCGAUUGGCCUUGGGCUUCAAUCAUCACCUCACCCAAGCAGUCCCCAAUCCCCUCCAGCGAAGCCGAUAGAUGUGAUACGUCAAAGACAACGAAAGUCUAGCGUGUCAUUCAAAGAGCCGCUCAACAAUCGACCUGUCGAUGAAUGGAAAGAGGCCGGGACAGCAAGACUUACAGCCAUCGACUUCUCCACUGAACCCGUAGCCCCCGCGGACAGGGGCAAAGCUUGGUGGGAACAGGCGGCGGCUUCGUCAACCCGCAGACGCAGCAGCAGCAGAUCGACGAAGGUAGCUGACCAACCUGCUGCUGGAGAUCAUAUCGACGAUAGAAAUGCUGAGUUCAAGCCACAACUCUAUCUGCGGUGCGGGCCUUUACUUCGCUACAAGGGCAUGAGAAGACAGAAAGAUGAAAAGGGGAAAGAACGUGAAUUCUGGCGAGGGAGUGUCCUUAUCGUGACUCAAAAUUCUCAUUCUUCCUACGAUCCGACGCCGACUUUACGUCUGUUUUGUCAGCCACAAAAGUUGUUACCACCUCCGCCUCAUCACGUCACUGCAGAUGAGCUUCAACCUGAAUAUGUUGAUCCGAUUGCUGGCUUAACGAAGCUCUCAAGGACUGGGAGGGCUUUGUAUGUUCGGCCCGUGGACCAUCUGGAAGAGGGCAAGGAUUUGUCACAGAUCGAAAACGAUGACGGCCUCUUCGAAAGCUCUCCCAGCCCGCUGGAGCAUAAUGGACCCCAGGGACUAGUUCCAUUCUCCAACAACCGCGUGCUUGAUACGGACGGGGAGAGAUUCGGCAGAUAUCAGGAAGUAGCGGGAGCGCGACUUUACGCAGAUCCAGACCGUGAUGUGACCUUCUGGCGAUUUAAUCUCGAAAUCGAACUCGCCGAUGAGCAACAGCAUAUCGCUUACCGCAUCAAUCGUGGCCCGGCCGUCGGUUUCUGGGUGCCUGCUCGAGGUCAGACCAUGCACAUAAUGUUUCAUUCUUGCAAUGGGUUCAGCCUCUCCGUUAAUCCAGACAGCUUCAGCGGACCUGAUCCGAUGUGGAGAGACGUCCUCAACACCCAUCAAUCAAGCCCAUUUCACGUUAUGAUAGGGGGCGGCGACCAGAUAUACAAUGACCGCGUUAUGAUCGAGACCGAACAUUUUGGUGAAUGGACCAGGAUGAGGAACCCAGCUCAUAAACAUCACGCUCCGUUCACACAUGAAAUGAAGGAAGAACUCGAGAGCUUCUAUCUGAACAGAUAUGCCAUGUGGUUCUCUCAGGGUCUCUUCAGCAUGGCUGCUAGCCAAAUCCCGAUGGUGAAUAUCUGGGACGAUCAUGACAUUAUCGAUGGCUUUGGUUCCUACCCAAACCAUUUCAUGGAGACGCCAGUAUUUUCUGGGAUCGGUAAUGUUGCAUAUAAAUACUACAUGCUAUUUCAGCAUCAGAGCGUCCCCGAGGAAACCAUGGCGCAUGAACCUAGCUGGGUUCUGGGCCGACAGCCAGGGCCUUAUAUCAAACAACUUAGCAGAAGUGUGUUUAUGCAUAUGGGAAAGCAUGUUGCAUUUCUGGGCCUUGACUGCCGCACGGAAAGAAGGCGCAAUGAGGUGUUGAGUUUGACCACCUUAGAUUUCGUUUUGGACAGAUGCCGCAAGGAACUCAUUGAGGGAGAGACGAAGCACCUCAUCGUAUUGCUAGGUAUUCCCCUUGCCUACCCUCGCCUGGUUUGGUUGGAAAAUGUUCUCACUAGUCGAUUCAUGGACCCUGUUAAGGCGUUGGGAAGAGCCGGGAUCCUAAAAGGCGGCUUUCUCAACAAAUUCGACGGGGGCGUCGAGAUACUCGAUGACCUUGAUGAUCAUUGGACUUCAACAAACCACAAACAUGAGCGCAAUGACUUGGUGAAAGACCUGCAAGACCUUGCGGCAGAGAAGUCCUGUCGCAUCACCUUUUUGAGCGGCGAUGUCCACCUGGCCGCAAUUGGCCAGUUUCACUCAAACCCGAAGCUGAAGAUCCCCAAGGACAAAGAUCACCGAUACAUGCCAAAUGUGAUUUCUUCAGCGAUUGUGAAUACACCUCCGUCGGACAUGCUCGCCGAUAUCCUGAACAGGCGGAACAAGGUGCAUCAUUUGGACCACUACACAGACGAAGACAUGAUUCCUAUGUUCACGCAUGAUGUGAACGACAAGAAACGAAACAAUAAACGACUAUUGCCCCGACGCAAUUGGUGUUCGAUCCGGGAGUACAUUCCAGGCUCAACCCCUCCACCUUCAGCAUCAGAAGAUUCGGCAGUCUUCGAAGAUGAAGACCUGGAGGAAAGUCCAGGACCUCGUCCUCGACGAUUCUCCUUCAGCAAGGCAGAUGUCAAUCCACGAACUCUGUUCCGCCGACUAAGCUCUCGGAACGCGCCUCCCACUUCGUAUCGCGACACGAUAUACGGCCAAGGUCGUUCAGCGUCUCACGAUGGAACAACACAAUCCGAAGGCACUACAUUGGUUCAGAACCGUAGUGCAAGCGGCUCUCGACAAGCCUCGAGUGAAUUCCAGGCUCUCCCACAGAGGCGCGCUUCUUCGUUGGAUCACGUUUCUUCUGGCGUGCCAAUGCGGCCGGGCACAUUCAAACGCCGUCCGACCAAUUUCUCCGAAAGAGCCGCUAGGAAAGGGAACGUACCGGCCGUCGACGCUGAAGGUAAUGAAAUUGAUGUCAACGAUCAUGUUAAUCUGGAAGGAGGUCUCGAUGUGGUCCUAAAUGUUGAAGUCAACCAAAAAGACCCAUCCGGAAUUACGACGCCUUACAGGCUACUUGUCCCGGCUCUUUGGUAUGACGGUAGCUCUGAUCGCGAGAAGCUUGACGAAGCCAGUGGGAUACAAAGGAAACCGACACUCUUGAAUAGGUUCGGCAUCGGUGGGAGAAGACCCAAAGCCCCUGGGAACCGAGAGGAAGAUUGGGAUCAGGAAGAAAGCGAAGACGAUUACGCAGAGAAUACAUAUGCUCCAAAAGCAGGGGCGGCACCUCGGCGAAGAUUUAGUCUUUUCGGAAGCCGCCGACAAAAGAAAGAAGAUGACCACAGUGAUGACGAAGACGACGGCGAAGUCCAGCCUCAAGCCCAGGCCACGGGGAUGGGACAGUCUCAGCAAUAUCGAGCAACCAACGACGCCUCGGGUCGUAACCCAGUGUCAAACCCCCGAGACGCCGAUUACCAGUUGUCGCACAACAUGACUAGCCCACCUAACCACGACAUGCUGUAUGACACAGAAAAUCGGCCCCCAGCAAGUCAUAGUUUCGAGCCCGGUGUUCACGCAAGCGCCCGACGCUCCUUAACAAUAUCUGGUCGUGGUAUUCAGCCCGAGGGGGCACGAAGAGCAGUCGGAAAUGUCGGCGACAACUCCUCUGACCAACAGCUGUCUUCCGUCCAAGCAAUGGGAAGAAGCCAACCUCGUAUGUCUCCGUCGUCAGCAAUGCCCAUGACAAACGCCUAUGGAGGUGGGGAUAUACAACGUCGUCUCAGCAAGCAGGAACGCAUCUUGGGCAUUUCGCCUUCUGAACCGCAACCCAAUGGACCUCCACAGCAAUUGAGAGGCAACGGCAUUAUCGGGAGGGACUUCAAGCAAGCCAAUGAGUGGCCAGAACAUUACGAGGCUCCUCCACCGAGGGGCUACUCUGGAAUAGAGGCGUACAAAGAGCCAAAGCCACGACGGACAUUCAGUCUCAAAAGAGCGCGAAAUUGGUUCGAUGGGAGACCUCGAGAGGAGGAAUAUGAUUGA